AUGUUGGAGAACAACAAAGGCCAUCUCGUGGUCAUGUCGUCCAUGGCUGGGCUGAUGGGCCUCCGCAACAUCGUGCCUUACUGCGGUACCAAGUUCGCCGUCCGGGGCAUCAUGGAGGCACUGGCUAUGGAGCUGCACGAGGAUAAGACUAGGGCUUCGGACGGGAUCAAGUUCACCACAAUCUACCCUACCAUGGUGAACACGGGUCUGUGCCACAACCCCCGAGCUCGUUUCGCCAAGCUCAAUAUGGUGGAGAAGGAAUUCGCUGCCGAUCUGAUUGUGGACGCCAUCAGGAGGGAACUGACAGAGAUCUCCGUUCCUACUGAUCUCUAUUACGCUAAUAGGUUCAUCUUCCGUUUGCUGCCCUACAAGGCUGGUCUGGCCAUGAAUGACUUCGUCGCCACUGGCCUGGAUCCUCACGACUAGAUCCUGAAGCUAGUUUAGAUAUAAAUAAAAUGACAAACUGACAGUUACCUAUUAUUAAUCUAGAUUAAAUACCUAGUUGUCCGGCUGGUAUCACUGUAGAAACUAGGGUAUUUUGUACUGAGUAUAUGUGUGUGUAUUUGUGUUUUUUAGGUCGUGAAAUAACCUAAACUCUUAUAAAACAGUAGAGCACUUAAACAAUAAAAAACAGAUAACUAAUUACUAGCUUGUAAAAAUAUUACAAAUCUGGUUACCAUCUAAUCAAAUCAUAUGUAAUAAUAAUAUCUACUGCCAAAGAUCGUAAGUUACUCCUGUGAUAGAAAUGUAAGUAAUCCUACUACCUACCUAUAAAAUAGGGUGUUAUCAUGGAUGCAUUUUAAUUUUGUAUC